AGGAGUAACCGUUAAAGAUUUCUUUCAUUUUGUUCAUGAUCUGCAAGAGGGGCUCCUUCUAGGAAGAGCAGGCAUGAGUUUGAGUGCAAGAAGAGUCACUCUGCCUGCAAUAACGCCAAUCGUUCUGCAGAAAAGGGUACGGAUUAAAGUGUACAGUGAAGAUGAAACCAGCAGGGCUUUAGAGGUUCCCAGUGACAUAACAGCCCGAGAUGUUUGCCAGCUGUUGAUCCUGAAGAAUCAUUACAUUGAUGACCACAGCUGGACCCUUUUUGAACACCUGCCUCAUAUAGGUCUAGAAAGAACACUAGAAGACCAUGAACUGGUUAUUGAAGUGCUGUCUAACUGGGGAAUGGAAGAAGAAAAUAAGCUGUACUUUAGAAAAAAUUAUGAAUAUGAAUUCUUUAAAAACCCAAUGUAUUUUUUUCCAGAGCAUAUGGUGUCUUUUGCAACUGAAACCAAUGGUGAAAUAUCCCCGACCCAGAUUUUGCAGAUGUUUCUAAGUUCAAGCACAUACCCUGAAAUCCAUGGCUUCUUACAUGCAAAAGAACAGGGAAAGAAGUCUUGGAAAAAAAUUUACUUCCUUCUAAGAAGAUCUGGUUUAUAUUUUUCUACUAAAGGAACAUCAAAGGAACCACGGCAUUUGCAGUUUUUCAGCGAAUUUGGCAAUAGUGAUAUUUAUGUGUCACUGGCAGGCAAAAAAAAACAUGGAGCGCCGACUAACUAUGGAUUCUGCUUUAAGCCUAACAAAGCGGGAGGGCCCCGAGACCUGAAAAUGCUCUGUGCAGAAGAAGAGCAGAGUAGGACCUGCUGGGUGACUGCGAUUAGAUUGCUUAAGUAUGGCAUGCAGCUGUACCAGAAUUAUAUGCAUCCAUAUCAAGGCAGAGGUGGCUGCAGUUCUCAGAGUAUAUCACCCAUGAGAAGUAUAUCAGAGAAUUCCCUGGUAGCAAUGGACUUCUCAGGUCAGAAAAGCAGAGUUAUAGAAAAUCCCACUGAAGCGCUUUCAGUUGCAGUUGAAGAAGGACUUGCUUGGAGGAAAAAAGGAUGUUUGCGCCUGGGCAGUCAUGGUAGCCCCACAGCCUCCUCACAGAGCUCUGCCACAAACAUGGCCAUCCAUCGAUCCCAGCCAUGGUUUCACCACAAGAUUUCUAGAGAUGAAGCUCAGCGAUUGAUUAUUCAGCAAGGACUUGUAGAUGGAGUUUUCUUGGUCCGAGAUAGUCAGAGUAACCCUAAAACUUUCGUAUUGUCAAUGAGUCAUGGACAAAAAAUAAAGCACUUUCAAAUUAUACCAGUAGAAGAUGAUGGUGAAAUGUUCCACACACUGGAUGAUGGCCAUACUAGAUUUACAGAUCUAAUCCAGCUGGUGGAGUUCUAUCAACUCAACAAGGGUGUUCUUCCUUGCAAGUUGAAACAUUAUUGUUCCAGGAUUGCUCUAUAGCUGAACCAGAAGUGACCUGUUAAACUAUUGAAGAAAAAAGACUCAAGGGGAAAUAAUUUUAAAAGA